AUGCUUCCAUUUUGUAACCAAACAGAGCUGAUGUUUCGUGCCUCAGGUGGUAUUCCUGGCAUGUUGGGUAGCUACAGCGGCUGCCCCGAUGAGAAUGGGGUGCAGUAUUGCGUACUCUUCCCCACAAGGUUCAGGUGGGGCAACUCACGUCUCCUUGGCUAUUGUCUGCCUUCGACAUGCACGCUGCUGGACAUUGCGCGGCAAGUGGUUUUAGAUCCCAUGCUAAACGGAACUUUUAACUAUAGUGAACUCAUGCAUGGUGAUGGUAUGAACACGUCACAGGUAAUGGAUCGUUUGGAACAAUAUAUCAAUUGUGCCCCUCGUUCUUCUUCCUUUUUGGAGCUACAUGUACACAAUAUUGUUUCCUGGGCGAUCAUGGGGUUCAUCAUUCUGCUUGUGGUGCUGGCAACACUCUAUGACUACUACUGGAGCAUCACAGCACGUAGCAUCCCAUUCGAAGUGGUGAUGAUGGGAGCCGAUGGUGCUGUUGUGCGGGUGUUGCAGCCACCCAAUGUGGUUUUGUUGGAGAACCAAAGUAAAACCAACGAGUCAAGUCCGAGGCGUCAUGGAGCAGAUUUACGGUGCACCACGGAGAAGAAACUCACAGAGAAACAAAAGGGUGGUUUUUCCGCCAGCGUUACAGCGAUCACCCAACCACUACUUGUUGCUGUGGAGCAGUCUGAGGCGGAUGAGGCUGGCAAGCAAAUUGAGCCCGCACACUCACCUCGCAUGGGAGAGAGGGAGGAUGAAAGCGCCAAAUCUCCAAGAAAAAAGACACAUUUUGGAUCCUUCGUCAGGUAUAAAGAGGCUCGAACAGGCGAAGAAGUGGUGUCGGUCAAAAAAGGAACGCGCUCGGGUGAACGCGACUCUUUGCGAGGGGCGGGCAUUCUUCCGGAAUUCAACACGGAAUUGCUCUGGUCGCACCGACGAGUGCAGAAGUUUCUGGCGGAGAUCCCAGAUGUGCCCAACUUUCGUUCAUUUCUGAAUCGCACCGUAUUGUGUCUGUCAUUAAUUAACAGUUUCCGUAAGUGGCGCUAUUAUCCAAAGUCCGAGGUGAAUCUAAAUUUAUUCAACAGCUGGCGGGUAAUUGCGUGGAUGUGGAUUAUGAUGUUUAGCUCUUUUUGGUAUUCCCAGCAGAUUCCCACCAUGAAUAAUAUAGGUUCACCUCCAGUUAACUUUAUUUAUGCCUUUCUUGGGAAGGAAGCAUUUUCUGCUUUUGCUGUUGGAACCUUUCUCACCAUUGCUGGCUUUUUGGCGUUGCAUCGCCUUCAUGUCUCUGAGGAGUUACUUAUGAGUUCACCCACCGCUCGCGUGAGGGCAUCAAAGCGUACAUGUCGUCAGGUGUUGGCUGAAUGUAUGUUGUGGUAUGCCAAGUAUCUCAUUGCCCGCUUUGUACGUGUCAUCCCCAUUUCUUUUGCCAUAUUCAUGCUUUUACCAAACGCUGUGUCCGGCUUUGGCAUGGACCCUUUUGGAGACUUUUUUCCCAAUCACCGCGUUCUAUGGAAACUGCAUGAAGUACUGGUGGAC